AUGCAUGAUGACCACGACCAAAAUGACCAUUACCAUGAUGACCACGACCAUGACUACCACAACUACGACCAUGAUAACCACGACAGCGACCAUGAAAACCACGACCAUGAUGACCACGAUGACCACAACCAUGAUGACCCCGACCAUGACGACCACAACCACGACAGCGACCAUGAAAACCACGACCAUGAUGACCACGAUGACCACAACCAUGAUGACCCCGACCAUGACGACCACAACCACGACAACUAUGACGACCAGUACCACGACCAUGACGACCACUACCAAGACUAUGACGACCAGUACCACGACCAUGACGACCACUACCAAGACUAUGACGACCAAUACCACGACCAUGACGACCACUACCACGACUAUGACGACCAGUACCACGACCACGACGACCACUACCAAGACUAUGACGACCAAUAUCACGACCACGACGACCACUACCAAGACUAUGACGACCAAUACCACGACCACGACGACCACUACCAAGACUAUGACGACCAGUACCACGACCACGACGACCACUACCAAGACUAUGACGACCAGUACCACGACCACGACGACCACUACCAAGACUAUGACGACCAGACCAUGACGACCACUACCAAGACUAUGACGACCAAUGACCACCACUACCAAGAUGAUGACGACCAAUACCAUUACCAUGACAACCACUACCACGACGUCCUUAAAUAG